CCCGACCCAAUGAUGGGAAAUGGACUACAUACAAAAAGAACCUCGUAGAGCUUUACAAGUUGGAGGAUAACAAGUACUCCAUCAAGGACCUUGAAACGAUGACUCAAGAUGAGGAUGAGAGCGUACGGGCCUUUGGGAUGUGCUUCCAGAAGAUCUCCGACGUGCUGAUGAAGAAGAGGAAGAUCUCAGAGGUCGAACGCUGUACUAUCUUCAUCGGACACCUAUCCAAAGGUAGACAAAAGAGUAUACUUAGAGAUCUUCCACGCGACAAGCUUGACUUCCCAGAAGUCCUAAAGCUCGCGAUAAAGGCAGAGGCAGAUGACUACAAGGACUUGGCGUGGAGAGGGAUGAGGAGACGUGACUUCUCUCUCUACAAGCAGUAUGCCACAGAUAGAUGCCCUCAUUUCAAGGACCACCCUUGGUCGGAGAAGAGUGAAGCCGUGGCCGAGGAAGUGAAGGAGAUAAGGGACAUGGUAAAGGGAUUGACAAGACAGGUUACAAAGAUUGUGACAAGCACAGGAGCCACGACUUACCGGGACAAACCCGGAGGUCCCUAUUCACUUCGCUGGGAUCGGAGGAACACCGAUUCCUGGAGGAGUGUCGAGGACAGAAAUCCUCGCACGCUUACUGAUUAUCGUACGAGGGAAAGGGAGAGAGACGAUGAGUCAUGGCGACGUAGGGAUGACGAGAUAGACCUGGACCACAGAGCUCGCGAGACGUAUGGGCGAGCUAGGAGGCUGAAAGAUUACUCGCGUAGCCCCCGUUAUGAGGCCGAUCGGGGUAGAGGCGACUCUGGAGGCCGGUGGGAGUCAGAUCAGGGUCGACGAGACGGAUAUAGGGACUGCAGAUAUGAGAGAUCAGACCGAGAUGGAUAUAGGGACGAAAGAUAUGAGAGGACGGAUCGAGAUAGCUAUGGAGGUGGCGGAUAUGAGAGAGAAGGUCGAUACAUGGACCGACGAGACGACUCGCGCGGACGGUAUAACCGCGGGGGAUACGCGAGAGAGCGGCACGACAAUUCGCGGGGGUGGUACAACCGAGGAGAUCGGCGUGAUGAGACACGCGAGCGAUACGACGCUGGGGACCGCCGAAACGAUUCACGGGGACGAUAUGAGUUAGGAGGAUCUGGGGGAGACUGCCGCAACGAUUCGCGCGGUCGGAAUGAGAGAGGGAGAUAUGGCGCCUCAUCAGAGCCGUAUCCCAAGUCGCCUGACCCCAGAGCAGCGAGAGGUACGAUCUCCAGAGACACGGACGACAGGCCACCCACCCCUAGGAACUCUUGCGUCUACUGUAGAGGGGAUGAUCACAUCAAGAGAGAUUGCCCGGACCUCAAACGGGCAAAAGAUGAGGGGCUUGUCGUGCUUGACGACCGCAAGUACGUCAAGUGGGCAGAUGAUAUGGGAGAGGUAUCGAUGUUCCCUUCGAUGAAGGAGAAUGUCGAAGCAAGGAGAGUAAAGCCGAGUAAAGGAAAGGAACCGGUCAGGAGUCAGAGCAUCAAGAUAACUUUUGAGGGGGAUAUGGCGACCACACCCAUAAGGGUGGCAGCCACCAAGUCCGCGAGAGGAUCUACAUCGAAGAAGACCGACACGGAUUACGUGAUGGCGGAGAAGGAUGGCGGGCAGCGGAUCGAUGGAGAGGAGGUUAUUCUUUCGCCGCGAAAGCGGGGAGUAAAGAAGUUCUUGAUGAAGAGUUCGCUGGAUGAGAUUGACACGGUAGAGCCACUGAGACGGGCCCUUCGGCAGCCCAUGCAAUACUCUAUUCUGGAGUACCUGGCGGCAUCGAAGCCAGCUCGCGAUGAGUUACAGAUGAUCACACGAAAAACUCGCAUACCUCUAUCAGAGGACGCUCAGGGGGCCCCUAAGGCGAAUGCUCCUUCUUUAGUAGUAACGGGGGUGACUGCCAGAGCGGAUCGCAUGGCGACAGUCCUUCUUGAUGGGAUGGAAGGUAUACCUCCAGACAAGUUUUACAUACUUGGUAGUGGGGCCGUGGAGACGAUCAUAAACGAUGGAGCGGUACUCGAUGCUGUGAUCAAUAACGACAGUGAGGCUGUCAUUAUAGACGAGGAUCUGGCGGUACAGGUUGGACUGUGCCUCGAUAGGUCAUACCUAUUCAAGAUAGAGACGACUGAUGAGAGAAAGCAACAGAUCACUGGGGUUUGUCACAAGGCAGCCAUAGAGGUCCAAGGGGUACGAGUGACCCUGCCUGUCUUUGCAGUCAAGAACUGCAGUUCCAAUCUGCUAUAGGGACGAACGUGGUUAAGCCACGUGCAUGCAGUGACGAUAGAGCAACCGGACGGGAGCCAGACAUUGUCCAUUAAGAAGC